GCCCAUCGUUCCGACAUCAACCUUCCCAGCCAAUUUGGCAGCCCAGCCACCGAUCAUGAUGGCCCCGAUGGUGGGCUAUCCACCAGGCCACGAUCCUACGAUGAUUCCAUACUUUGUUCCGUCCAUGCAUCCAAUGCCCAUCAACCUGUCGCCAACAUCCUCCAAUCCAGACAGGGGUCGGCCUGGCACUGUCGUUGCUGGGAUGCCCCAGCAUGACGGAGCCAUGGCGGGGAUGGAUCGGAUUCCGGUUCUAUCACCAGGCUUUCCCGUUGCAGCCGACCCACACGGACAUUUGCACCAAUACGCUCUCUCUGCUCCCCCAAAUGCUGCAUCAGGAUACCCAAUGCCUCCAGGCGCUGUUGUCCAUUCACCCGCACCCGCUUACUACCCGGAGUACUGGGUGGCUCAAGGAGGCGAGAUUCCGGGCCAAGUGGUGUUCACGACGUCCCCGACCGGAGCCGCUCCGUUUGCCUGGGGGCCCAUCCCGCCUAUGGGCGAGUACCCUGUUGUCGAGGGACACAUUCCCGUCGCCCCGAUCAGCAGUCCAGGUCAGGCGGCCGGGCCGGUGGCUCAAUCUGCCGACGAUACCGCCGCUGGCAUGCCUUCCAGCGAUACCCAGGCUUCAUCGAGCACAAAGAACCCGCCAGAAUCAAAACGCCUGCGAACCCGGUCGCUGUCCGGACCACCGACAGUCCCGCGAGUGUCCCCUCCGACGACGGAUUUGUCAAAGCAGUCCAAACGUGCAAGGCGAGAGAAGGCUUGAUUCCGCCCCCGUUGCAGCAGCGAUGCGCUCUCUGGUAGCCGGGGUGUCCAAAGACUUGUUGGCCACUGGCGCGGGAUCGUGUCCGGGACGAUCUGUAUUGCAGAACGAAACGGAGGGCAGUGCUUGUGCUUUCGGGUUGCUUUUUGGAAAAUACACAUGUCGCAUUGACGGUCGGUUGGCAGCC